UCUUAUCUUUUUCUUCUAAUUCAUGGUCAAUUCUUGUUUUUCUUUUUCUGGUGAAUUGUUUAUUUGUUUUAGUGGGUUACUGUUUUUUUGUGUGGGUGCUGGAGAAAUAGUGUCAAAGUUGGUUCUUGGAGAAGAGAGUUGUAUUAGUUCUUGAUUUUAGAAUAAAAUUUGGAUUCUUUUUCUUUCUUGGUUUUGAACUCAAAGCUGAAUAUAAUCUGCUAGAGGCUUCAAGAUUGAAAUCUUUUUCGUGUUAAAUUUACAGCAAUUCAACAAAUUUUCUGUGUUUUGAGGCCUUUUUUCUUGGAGGAAGUUUUCAAGACUUGUUGGAGCAAUUUUCUGGUUUUCAGAUGCUUUUGCAGAUAUAGAAAGAAUCUGUUAAUUUCAAGAUGAUUACUUCUAUGGAAGAAGAAGACAAGUGGUUAGAUUCUAAAUUUUGGCAUGCUUGUGCUGGUAAUAUGGUAGAACUGCCUGCAGUUAAUUCAAUAGUGUUCUACUUUCCUCAAGGACACGCUGAGCACGCGUGUGGAAAUGUGGAAUUUAGGAGUGAAAUUAGAAUUCCAUCUUAUAUUCCUUGUAGAGUUUCGGGUAUUAAAUACAUGGCAGAUCAAGAAAAUGAUGAGGUUUUUGCCAAAAUUAGGAUGACACCUGUUAGUAGUAAUGAGGUUGAAAAUGUUGAUGAUGGGGUGGUUGCGAAAAGCGGGUUGGAUAAUGAUCAGGAAAAACCCACUUCAUUCGCAAAGACAUUAACGCAAUCAGAUGCGAAUAAUGGUGGGGGGUUUUCUGUUCCAAGGUAUUGUGCAGAUACAAUCUUUCCUCGUUUGGACUACUCUGCAGAUCCUCCUGUCCAGACCUUAUUAGCGAAGGAUGUUCACGGGAAGACAUGGAAAUUCAGACAUAUUUACCGAGGGACACCUAGGCGUCAUCUUUUAACUACCGGUUGGACUACUUUUGUGAAUUCAAAAAAGCUCGUUGCGGGGGAUUCCAUUGUGUUCCUGAGGGCUGAAAAUGGGGAUGUUUGUGUGGGCAUUCGCCGAGUAAAGAAGGGAAUUGCAGAUGAACAUGAUACUUCUUUCGUGGCACCAUACGGAGGGUUUUCCGCUUUUCUCAGGCAUGAUGAGAAUAAGUUAAUGAAGAGGGGAAAAGUGAAGGUGGAAUCAGUUAUUGAAGCUGCAAAUCUUGCAGCUAGUGGACAGCCCUUUGAGGUUACUUUCUACCCCCGAGCUAGCACUCCAGAGUUCUUUGUGAAGGCCUCACGUGUGGAGGCGGCAUUGCAGGUCCGUUGGUGCUCGGGGAUGAGGUUCAAGAUGGCGUUCGAAAAUGAAGACUCAACGAUGAGCUGGUUCAUGGGAACUAUAUGUUCUGUUCAGGUUGCUGAUCCCAUUCGAUGGACAGAUUCGCCCUGGCGGCUUCUUCAGGUGACAUGGGACGAGCCAGAUCUGCUUCAACAUGUAAAGUGUGUCAACCCA